GACAUGUCUGAACAACUAGCAGCAUCCCAGACUCAAAUAACAACUCUUGAGGAAGAAAUAAAGCAGUUGUCAGAAACCCUUCAUCAGGAACAAUCUUACUUGGCGGUAGCCACGACUGAAAAUGAUGACUUGAAUGUUCAAAUCAACAAACUGAAAGAAAUUCAGGCCGACCAUCUAGGGCAGAUCAGUAUUCUAGCAUCUCAGUGUGGGGAGUUGGAUUCCUGUAUGUAUGAGGUAAGGAAAGCAUUGAAGAAUCAGUUGAUGGAAAAAGAAAAACAGAUGGCUGAGGCGAGAGCUUCAUACAAUUUACUGAAGACAAAAUCAGAUGAAAGUGAACAACAGCUACUUGAAAAGGGAGACGUUUUCAUUACAGUCGAGACUGAAAAGAGGAAGUUGGAAUCAUUGCUUGAGGAAAACUGCAGUCAAGUGGCAUUUGUUCAGAAGGAAAAAGUUGAAUUGACUGAACAAUUAACAGAUGUUCGCAUGCAAGUCAUUUCACUAGAAACAGAAAAAAGGAACAUGGAAACUGUAGUCAGUAAUUAUACUUGUCAACUGAACUCUGUGGUGGAGGAAAAAGAGGAGUUUUGUCGGCAGCUAGCAGCUCUUCAGGUAAAACUUACAUCACUGGAGACAGAAAAGAAGAUUGCUGAUGACUUGGUUAAAGAUUACGACUAUUCACAAAAAUCUGCUCAGGAGGAAAAGAUUCAAAUGUCUCAGCAGCUGGAAACUGUUCAAUCAGACAAGGAAUCACAAAUAAGUAAGCUUUCAAUGGAACUGGAGAAAGUCAUCAAGGAAAAGAAACAAGCUGAAAUGAUGUUGGUUCAAAUGGAAAGCGAGUCCAAUUCUCAGUUUAGUGUUCUUCAAGCAGAAACAUGUUCCCUACAGGAGCGUCAUGAUGAACUCCAGAGUGUGUGCAAAAACAUUGUUUCAAAUAACAAAACAACGGCAAAAGAUUUGGAUCAGGCCAAAUGUCUCCUCGCAGAGAAAUCUAAACAGAUGCAGGACAUGGAUACGUAUCUGGUUGAAGCGAAAGUUGAUUACCAACAUAACUUUGAUGCCCUGCAAAAAGAAAAGGAGGAAUUGCAAGAAAGGACGCAGCAGCUGCAAGAGGAAUUUACAGAGAAUUUAAAAGUAUUGGAACUAGAAAAUGUCAAACUUCAAGACCAAUUUGCUAGCACAAGAGAGCAGUGGAGGGAUUAUGAAACCCAGGUAAAAGAUGAAAGAACUGCAGAAGAAGAGACACGUCGUACACAAUUUAAAGAAUCAGUUAUCUUGAAAGAAAGAUUGGCCAAUCUAGAGGAUGAAAUUUUGAGCAAAGAAAAGGAAAUGACUUCCCUUAUGGAUAGCUUGAGAGAGAAAGAGAGUACACUCAUUGAUGUACAUGAUUUAAAUAUGAAAAAUAAUCUUCUAACAACAAAGCUUGAAAAAAGUCAACAGAAACUGAUGGAGAAAGAGGCUCAAAACAGUAUUCUUGUUCAAGAGACAAUGGAAUUGCAAAAUGCUAGAUAUUCAUUUGAAAUCUCAUCUGCAACCAUGAUAAGGAAAUUGAUUCAAGAAAAGACGUACUGUGCUAAAGAGAGGGACAUUGUGGUCAUGGAACUGGCAACGAGCAAUGAACAGAACACACUGCUGCAAGACCAACUGUCAGAGGUAGAGCGUUUGAAGAAUACUUUUGAUGAGGAUAAGAAAAAUAUCCAAUAUGACAUUGAGGCAAUGUCUGAGAAAUGUGACGGGCUCAUGAAGGAUUUAGAACAGAAGAAUUCUGAACACGCUCUUGUUCUAGAAGAACGAGACAAUCUACGCAAGCUACAUCAGGAAGCUGAGGAGGUUAUGAAAUUACUGCAAACAACACAUUCAGAGAAUAGCAAGAGAAUGGAAGAACUCCAAAUUCUUCUUAAUGGAAAAGAGGAGGAAGUUAUUUCACUUAGGACUGCUUGCAAUGAUUCCCAGGCACAAGUUGAAGAUCUUCUACUCAAACUAGAGGAUACUGCUAAGCAAACAGACAGUCAUUUGGAAGAUAAGAAACAUUUAAAGAGUGAGAUUGACUCCAUGAGAGACAACAAAAACCUAGAAUUGAAAGAGAUGGAAUCGGAGAAAGCAAUGAUUAACAAACAGCUGCAAGAAACAUUGACAAGGGUCCAGAUUUUGGAGGAAGAAAACCGGAGCUUGACCGACAAUGUGGUAGAAUUGGAUCACAAGGUGAGAUCUGCAGGUGACGAAAUCAAGGUCGUCCUUGACAACAAGAACAUUCUGGAAGGACAACUAGAACAAUAUAUGGUUGAUAAUGAACAGCUGACAAAACAG